AAUGGAAAAAAGGGAGAGGAAAUCCGAAAAAAAAGGAGAGACGUGAAUGGCAUCAAUUGUGAGUGAGGCCUAGCUGUGACUACCAAACAAACGGACGGUGGAGAGUGUAGACAUCACUCUGACUCUCUCUCUUCCCCAUCACUUUUCUUCAAACCUCUCUCUCUCUCUCUCUCUUUACUAUUUAUUAUUUAUUUCCUUCUCAAAGACUCCAACAAACUACUACACAACAAGAAAGAAAACCUAAAAUAAAAUAAUAAAAAUAAAAAGAAAAAGGAAAAGAAAAGAGAGAGAUCCACCCCCACACCAUCACAGAAGAGAAAGAGAAAGAAAAGGAAGAACAAAAAAAAAUGUCGUGGCAGACAUACGUGGAUGAGCACUUGAUGUGUGACAUUGAUGGACAAGGCCAGCACCUAGCUGCCGCUGCCAUCAUCGGCCACGAUGGCUCUGUCUGGGCGCAGAGCUCUAACUUUCCUCAGUUUAAGGCAGAGGAGAUAAGUGGUAUAAUGAAGGAUUUUGAGGAGCCAGGUCAUCUUGCUCCUACGGGCUUGCAUCUUGGUGGCACUAAAUACAUGGUCAUCCAAGGAGAGGCCGGAGCUGUCAUCCGUGGAAAGAAGGGAUCUGGAGGUGUCACCAUAAAGAAGACUAGUCAAGCUCUAGUUUUCGGCAUCUAUGAAGAGCCUGUGACACCAGGACAGUGCAACAUGGUUGUUGAGAGGUUGGGAGAUUACCUUGUUGAUCAGGGCCUGUAGGCCAAACUCUUCUAUAAUUAUUUGAGUAUUUCUUGUGGGGGGUACAAACAACUGUUGUCUCUUUUCUUUUGUUUUCUUUCCUUUUGAUUUCAGUCCCAAGUUUGCACCCUCUUCUUCAUUUGAAAGCCUUAAACUGGCAGUGAAGUUGUCGCAAACAAUAACCAUGUGAGAACUAAAACAGUUGUUUUGUUGUUUUGUUGUUUGAAUUGCAUUAACUUUGAUAUUUUUUUAUUAUAGAUUUUUCGUGUAAUCCUUCUGGAUUUUUGUGGUCUGUCUCUCAUUGUUACUUUUAUCAUCAUUUCUGAAUGUCUGUAAAAUGAGCAAAAUGAAUUGAUGUUGGGAUUAUGCUGAAA